AAAUCCCUUUGAAAAAAAAAAUCAAAACAACAUUUUAAACAUGGCUGCGUCCAACGAAGAUUAUCAUAAUGAUGAUCAAGUUCUUUCCGACGUUCACACAUUCAAUGUUUCUCAUUUAGAUUGCUCUCGGGAAAUAAAAUGCGAUUCGUAUUUUACAAGAUUCUAUUUUUACUUGCACAAGAAUUACACUGCAUCCAAUCAGCUGAAUCAUUUAUCAUCACAACAGAUGGCAGAGUCUUUGUACAGUUCUAUAACUGAAUCUGAACAAAGAUUAGAUGAAGACGGUGACCCAAUACUUAUUAGGAAAAAAGACAAAAUAUGCAGUAAUGAAAGUAAUUGGUUUUCUCAAAAUGCUAAUUAUAUAUCAGAUGACUCUGGCUUAGAGCAACAGUUGAACCCAGCGACUCAGAAAUGUAUAGACAAGUUGGAAGAGGUGGAUGAUACACACUUGCUUAUCAGUUCAGCAGAUGACUACAAAUGUCACGUGAUAACAAUAGAGCACAAAAUGGAGACUUCUAUUUAUAAUGUAGGCUACCAAGUGUGGUCUGGAGCGUUACUUAUGUGUGACUAUUUGCUCUCUAUCCAUGAUGUACUGGACAAAGCUCAUGUUGUGGAUUUAGGUUGUGGUACAGGAAUCACCAGUAUUGUAGCUGCCAUGUUUGCAAAGCAUGUUGUUUGCACAGACUAUUCUAAUGCUCUGUUGCAACUAGCAGAAAGAAAUUGGCAGAGAAACAAAGAUUUCCUGUUUCAGAAUAACUGCAGUGAAAUGUAUUUUAAGCUGUUGGAUUGGACAGUUGACUACCCAUCACUGGAAGAUGGAACUGAGAAAAGUGUCUAUGGGCUGAAACCAGCUGACCUUGACCUGAUUGAGAAGGCUGACAUUUACAUUAGUGCAGAAGUUAUCUAUGAUGAAGAGCUGACUCUGGCAUUUUUUAAAACUGCUUACCACCUGCUGUCCAUAUCACCUCCAAAGGUUCUGUAUAUAACAUUAGAGAAAAGGAUUGUAUUUAGCACAGAGAGCCAGCAGAUGUGUAGCCCUGCUUAUGAAUCAUUUCAAGAACAUCUACAAGACUUGACUAGUGUAGAUGCAGGACCAGUUCGUUUCAGUGUUGAUCAAGUGCUUACAGAUUUCCCUCAGUGUUUCCAAUAUGCUAGGACAAAAUACCUUGAACUCUGGAAAAUAUCAAGCAUUGCAGUUGAUAGUGGUUGACACAUUAGUUAAUGUGGCGCUAGAAUGGAAAUUAGAAAUACUCAAAAGAAAUCCAGAUACUUUGAAACUUGAUAUUGUUUUAAAAAAUCCACUAGAGUUAACAUUUGAACUUGAUUACCUGGAGACAAUUAGGCUGAACUAUGAACCAACAAUAGUAUGGGAAUAAAGAUGAAACCUCAGAGCCUUGUUAUUGCUAGCUACUUGAUUGGUUAGCCAGUGUAAUCAGAGUAUUUCUUACUAUUUCAUCACUUCCUAUCACUAUUAUGGUGGCUUCUAUUCUUGCGAUGAGUAAUUAAUUGUAUAAUAUAACAAAAUUUGUAUGGAUUGCAUGUUCUAGAGCUAGCCUUAAUGAAGCUUCACAGUCUCAAUUUGUCAUCUCUGAUGUACAGUGGACAAGACAGUUUGUCAUUAUCAUCUCUGAUGUCUCAGUGGAGAGGACAAUUAGUCAUACAGACCUGUGACUUGGCCACAAGUUAUUGAACUAAACUGCCCACUGUUGAGGGUCAAUUUUCAGACCUUCUAUAACAAUUGGUCUUGAUAGGACAGAAUAGUUAUCUCUGAUGUUUCAGUGGAUAGGACAGUAUAGUCGUCUCUGAUGUCUCAGUGGAUAGGACAGAAUAGUUAUCUCUGAUGUCUCAGUGGAUAGGACAGUAUAGUCGUCUCUGAUGUCUCAGUAGAUAGGACAGUAUAGUCGUCUCUGAUGUCUCAGUGGAUAGGACAGUAUAGUCGUCUCUGAUGCCAGUCUCAGUGGAUAGGACAGUGCAGUGAUCACUAAUGUCCAUUAAAGGGUCAGGCCAAAGCCCAUGAGACUCUUCACCAAAGGAAUGAGAGAUUGGCUCUUCACAAAUCCCACCAACAGAAGGUCCCUUAUCAUCUAGAUUUUAAAAAAUUCUAGAUGCUCAUUUUAUCAUAUCAGUAUAUUGUGGCGUUCCUUGAGCCAUGCCCUUUUCUCCUUGCAGGGUGUAUUCCUACACUGUACCGCCAUAUGCCCUUGAGAGAACCACCACUACAGCAUGCACAUCCCUUGAUGAACAGCAUGGUGGAUGGGUCAGGGUUAUUGAAGCAUGCUUCUUCACACAAUGUACUCUAUGCUGAGAAAGCCCUCUCUAGGGUGUCUUUUUUUUUAAUGUUCUAUCCAUUUCCCCGUAUUAACAUGUAACAUUGCGUGUUGAGGCUAGGAAUGGUGUAUCCUCACACUUAACUCCAGAACAGCAUAGCAAGUUUUAGUAUUAGUUUAUAAAGAAGAUAAACGAUUUUCAUAUUUUCUAAUUGUAAAAGGCUAGCUCAUUAUUGACUAUAUGUGUACACAAAAAUUGCUAAUGAAUGAAAUGAACAGAACAACAGCCAGUAGUCUACAUUUGUAAAAGGAAUUCCAAAACAGGCAGUUUUUUUAUUUAGGAAUAUUUGUUUGGAAAAAAAAAUUUGAUUAGAAUAAAAAAAAAUAUCAGAAAAACUUUUUACAAUGUUAUUUUAUAAAUCAGUUUUGAUAGCACAUUUUUGUUUAUUCUGCAAAUGAGCUGCAAUACUUACUAGAUGGAAUUAAAAAGAGAAACUAUUGAGAGCAUUUAAAUUGUACUAUCCUACCUGAUCCAAGAUGUUUUACAUGGUCCCUCAGAGUUGAAGUGCAGCAUGCAAACCAGAUAUUAUCAGAAAAUCAAGCUUUUAAUAUUUCUUCGCUUUUAAUAUUUCUUUGUGUAAAAGACUAGUCAGUAUUGGAAAAAUUCUUUAAAAAAAAAUGUUACUUGAUAUUUAAAUGUCUAAUAUAAAAACAGGACUAACUACUCUUAGUGCCAUCAGAGUUUGAAAUAGUUUUAUUUUUUUUUUUUGCCAUAACAUUAUUGAAUUUACUGUUGAUAUGAAACAUUAAAAUAAAAAUUUAUUUUUGUAAAGGUAAUUGAU